AGCUUGCUCCACAUGAUCCCUGCUCCGAAAAUAUCCUCUGAAAAAAGAUUUUAAAGCCGCGUGCCGCCUCUACCCCUUACGCUUCUCUCUCGUUGUUUGAGUUCUCGUUUUACAAAGCUUCGAUUUUUCGCCUCUGUUUCGCUGUUUAGAGAAUGUCAGAAGACAUGGAGUACCGCUGUUUCAUUGGUGGCCUUUCAUGGUCAACAACUGAUAGAGGCCUUAAAGAUGCAUUUGAAAAAUUUGGCCAUCUUCUUGAGGCUAAGGUAGUUGUUGACAAGUUCUCUGGACGCUCUCGUGGAUUUGGGUUUGUCACGUUUGAUGAGAAAAAAGCAAUGGAAGAUGCUAUUGAGGCCAUGAAUGGAAUGGAUUUAGAUGGGCGAAAUAUAACUGUUGAUAGAGCACAGCCCCAGCAAGGAUCAAGUAGAGAUCAUGAUGGUGGCCGUGGCCGUGACCGAGGACAUGAUCGUGACCGCAACCGUGAUUAUGGUGGUGGGCGUGGUGGUGGUGGUGGUGGUGGUGGAGGAGAGUGCUUUAAAUGUGGCAAGCCUGGGCAUUUUGCUAGGGAGUGUCCCGGUGAAGUGGCUAGAGGGGGCAGGUAUGGUGGCAGGGAUGGUGGUAGGGAUGAUAGGUAUGGUGGAAGUGGUGGGGGUGGUGGGAGUCGUUAUGGUCCUGACCGGAAUGGAGAUCGAUUUGGUGGACGCAACAGAGAUGGUGGUAGUCGUGGAGGUGCUGGGGGUGACAGGUAUAAUCGUGAUCGCUCUGGUCCAUAUGAGCGCCGUGGAGCAGGAAAUGCUCGUUAAGAGGACUGCAUCCUGUGUUGAGGAGCUGAUGGUUGUGGGUGUUUGCUAAGAUGGAGUUUCUCUUUAUUGGAUGUGCUCUCUUCACAUGUAUGGACAGUUCAAUACCCUAGACCAGUCCUUUCAAGUGCGAACCAUGGAAAAAACCAAUGCUUUUGUGUGUUCCUAAAUGCUCUAUUCGAUGUUUUGGUCCCGUGUGAAGUCUUGUGCUUUCUUGCACUUAAGGAUUUGGUCCUUUACUCUAUGAAUGCCCUUAUUGCUGCUCGAUUUCAUGUGAUCAUCCUCUCACUUUUAUGCAUAUGCAAUGCUAUUAUGGAGGUGUUUUCGUGUUGGAUGGUUAUUAAGAGGACUGGUAGUAAGGAUUUGACCAUUGGGAGCUUGGUUCUUCUCACAUGGAGAAUAUCAGCUGUCCUUAUAAAUGCCCAUUUUGGCUACCCUGUUUUCAUUAGCUUACUAAAUAAACAGGAGUCAAGCGGGUAAUCUAUUUUCUUUAAUGC